AGAAGUCAUAGCUAGAAAGGGGACUAGGAAAUGGGAGCCAGGUCCCAGAGCUGCUAGAAAGAAACGAAACUGAAAGCGGGGAAUUUCCGCAAGUUUCGGGGAGGAGGAGAGGAAGCUAGGGAAGGCAGGGUGUCCAGCGUCCGUCCCCCUUUCACGCCCCGCGCGGGCGGGACGGAGGAACUAGGACCCGGCGCAGCACCCGCCCCGGGGGACAGCGAGCUGGGCGUGGUGGGGAGAGCCGCGCAAGGAAACGAAACUCGAAACCCAGAGGCCGCGGCGGGACCUUGCUUUCUCUGGCACCUGAGCCGGGCUGCCAUGGACGUGUACGGCACGCAGGCCACCGCGCUGGACCGGUUCGUGGCCAGCAGGUUGCAGCCGCGGAAGGAGUUCGUGGAGAAGACGCGGCGCGCCCUGGGCUCCCUGGCCGCUGCCCUGAGGGAGCGCGGAGGCCGUCCUGGCGCCGCUGCCCCGCGAGUGCUGAAAAUCGUCAAGGGAGGCUCCUCUGGCAGGGGCACAGCUCUCAAGGGUGGCUGCGAUUCUGAACUUGUCAUCUUCCUCGACUGCUUCAAGAGCUAUGAGGACCAGAGGGCCCUUCGUGCAGACAUCCUCAGUGAAAUGCGGACAUUGCUGGAAUCCUGGUGGCAGAACCCAGUCGCUGGUCUGAGCCUCCAGUUUCCUGAGCAGCAUAUGCCUGGGGCCCUGCAGUUCCGCCUGACAUCCAGAGAUCCUGAGGACUGGAUGGAUGUUAGCCUGGUGCCUGCCUUCGAUAUCCUGGGUCAGGUCACCUCUGGCAUCAAACCCGAGCCACGAGUCUACUCCGCCCUCCUCGACAGUGGCUGCCAAGCGGGCGAGCAUGCAGCCUGCUUCACAGAGCUGCGGAGGAACUUUGUGAACAUUCGCCCAGCCAAGUUGAAGAACCUGAUCUUGCUGGUGAAGCACUGGUACCGCCAGGCGCUCCCACAGGGGUUGCAGAAGGAGACGCUGCCCCCGGUCUAUGCCCUGGAACUGCUGACUAUCUUCGCCUGGGAGCAGGGCUGUAAGAAGGAUGCUUUCAGCCUGGCCCAAGGCCUCCGGACUGUCCUGCACCUGAUCCAACAGCAUCAGCACCUGUGUGUUUUCUGGACCAUCAACUAUGGCUUCGAGGACCCUGCAGUCGGGUGGUUCUUGCAGCAGCAGCUUGAGAGACCCAGGCCUGUGAUCCUGGACCCAGCUGACCCCACAUGGGAUGUGGGGAAUGGGGCAACCUGGCACUGGGAUUUGCUAGCCCAGGAGGCAGCAUCCUGCUAUGACCAGCCAUGCUUUCUACAGGGGAUGGGGGGCCCAGUGCAGCCCUGGGAAGGGCCGGGCCUUCCAUGUGCCGGGCGCUCAGCUUUGGGCCACCCCAUCCAGCUAGACCCUAACCAGAAGACCCCUAAAAGCAGCAAGAGCCUCAAUGCUGUGAACCCAAGAGCAGGGAGCAAGCCACCUUCAUGCCCAGCUCCCAGUCCUGCUGGGGCAACCAGUGUCGCCCCCUCUGUGCCAGGAAUGGCCUUAGAUCUGCCUCAGAUCCCCACCAAGGAGCUGGACCGCUUCAUCCAGGACCACCUGAAGCCAAGCCCCCAAUUCCAGGAGCAGGUGAAAAGGGCCAUUGAUGUCAUCUUGCGCUGCCUCCGUGAGAAGUGUGUUCACAAAGCCUCAAGAGUCAGCAAAGGGGGCUCAUUCGGCCGGGGCACGGACCUAAGGGAUAACUGUGAUGUUGAACUCAUCAUCUUCCUCAACUGCUUCACGGACUACAAGGACCAGGGAGCCCGCCGCACAGAGAUCCUUGAUGAGAUGCGAGCGCAGCUAGAAGCCUGGAGGCAGGACCAGGUCCCAGGCCUGAGCCUUCAGUUUCCUGAGCAGAAUGUGCCUGAGGCUCUGCAGUUCCGGCUAGUGUCCACCGCCCUGAAGAGCUGGGUGGAUGUUAGCCUGCUGCCUGCCUUUGAUGCUGUGGGGCAGCUCAGUUCUGGCGCCAAACCAAAUCCCCAAGUCUACUCGAGGCUGCUCCUCAGUGGCUGCCAGGAGGGCGAGCAUAAGGCCUGCUUUGCAGAGCUGCGGAGGAACUUCGUGAACAUUCGCCCCGUCAAGCUGAAGAACCUGAUUCUACUGGUAAAGCACUGGUACCGCCAGGUUGCGGCCCAGAAUGAAGGAAAACGACCAGCCCCUGCCUCUCUGCCCCCAGCCUACGCCCUGGAGCUCCUUACCAUCUUUGCCUGGGAGCAGGGCUGCAGGAAGGACUGUUUCAACAUGGCUCAAGGUUUCCGGACAGUGCUGGGGCUCGUGCAGCAGCAUCAGCAGCUCUGUGUCUACUGGACGGUCAACUAUAGCACCGAGGACCCAGCUCUGAUAAUGCACCUUCUUGGCCAGUUUCGAAAACCCAGACCCCUGGUCCUGGACCCCGCCGAUCCCACCUGGAACGUGGGCCAGGGUAGCUGGGAGCUGUUGGCCCAGGAUGCGGCAGUGCUGGGGAUGCAGGCCUGCUUUCUUAAUAGAGACGGGACACCUAUACAGCCCUGGGAUGUGAUGCCCGCCCUCCUUUACCAAACCCCAGCUGGGGACCUUGACAAGUUCAUCAGUGAAUUUCUCCAGCCCAACCGCCAGUUCCUGGCCCAGGUGAACAAGGCCGUUGAUACCAUCUGUUCAUUUCUGAGGGAAAACUGCUUCCGGAAUUCUCCCAUCAAAGUGAUCAAGGUGGUCAAGGGCGGCUCUUCAGCCAAAGGCACAGCUCUGCGAGGCCGCUCAGACGCCGACCUCGUGGUGUUCCUCAGCUGCUUCAGUCAGUUCGCUGAGCAGGGGAACAAGCGGGCCGAGAUCAUCUCUGAGAUCCGAGCCCAGCUGGAGGCUUGUCAACGGGAGCAGCAGUUCGAGGUCAAGUUUGAGGUCUCUAAAUGGGAGAAUCCCCGCGUGCUGAGCUUCUCACUGACAUCCCAGACGAUGCUGGACCAGAGUGUGGACUUUGACGUGCUUCCAGCCUUUGACGCCCUAGGCCAGCUGGUCUCUGGCUCCAGGCCCAGCUCUCAGGUCUACGUUGACCUCAUCCACAGCUACAGCAAUGCGGGCGAGUACUCCACCUGCUUCACAGAGCUGCAGAGGGACUUCAUCAUCUCUCGCCCCACCAAGCUGAAGAGCCUGAUCCGGCUGGUGAAGCACUGGUACCAACAGUGCAACAAGAUGCCCAAGGGGAGAGGCUCCCUACCCCCACAGCAUGGGCUGGAACUCCUGACUGUGUAUGCCUGGGAGCAGGGCGGGAAGGACCCCCAGUUCAACAUGGCUGAGGGCUUCCGCACAGUCCUGGAGCUGGUCACCCAGUACCGCCAGCUCUGUGUCUACUGGACCAUUAACUACAAUACUGAGGACAAGACUGUUGGAGACUUCCUGAAACAGCAGCUUCAGAAGCCCAGGCCUAUCAUCCUGGAUCCGGCUGACCCAACAGGAAACCUGGGCCACAGUGCCCGCUGGGACCUGCUGGCCAAGGAAGCUGCAGCCUGCAUGUCUGCCCUGUGCUGCAUGGGACGGAAUGGCAUUCCUAUCCAGCCAUGGCCAGUGAAGGCUGCUGUGUGAAGUGGAGAAAAGCAGCGGUCCUACUGGAUGAAGAGAAGAUGGACACCAGCCCUCAGCAUGAGGAAAUUCAGGGUCCCCUGCCAGAUGAGAGAGACUGUGCGUGUGUGUGUGUGUGUGUGUGUGUGUGUGUGUGCACAUGUGCAUGUGGGUGUUUUAGUGAAUCUGUUCUCGCACUCCCCUGCCUCCCAUGGCUUACACACUAGGAUCCAGACUCCAUGGUUGGACACCAGCCUGCAUUUGCAGCUUCUCUAUCACCACCAUGACUCUAUUCUCGUAGCACCAGGGCUGCAACCUACCCAGCUGAGAAUACCCCCUCCUCCCUGACUCCUCUCCAGAUUAAUUCAUAUCCUUCCUCCUGCUGCAAUGCAUCCCUUCCUCCCACUGGCCUCUCCUUCCCAACUCUAAAUACUUUAUAUAGGGAUGGCAGAGAGUUUCCAUCUCAUUUGUCAACUACAGUCAUCUGGCUGUCUGGAUCCUUAUCUUCUGAAGGAUUUUAAAGAAUGGACAAAUAGCUGAAAAGAAUGACCUAAUCAAUUAGUGAUGUCUCCCAUGGAUGCGGUAGAGGGCAGUGAUGGUAUUCCUGCCAUGAUUGAUUAGCAAUGUCUGCACUGGAUGCAGAAAAGAGAAGGUACUCACAGGUUUACCGUGUUUGGGGCUAUUGAGGAGCUCUCUGAGCUCAAUUGCUAGCAGGAAAGCAUGCCCAUAUUGGCUUACUUUGUCUGCCACAGACACAGACAAAGGGAGUUGGGAGAUGCAUGUUACAGGGAUCCUCUUAUUAGACACCUAAUGGGAUGCCUCUUCAUGGGACGCCUCCUUUUCUUCACCUUUCAUGCUGCAUUCCUCCCCUAGUUUACAUAUCUUGAUGCCGUGGCUCAGUUUUCCUUCUUGAAUUUUAUUGGGUUCCUGUUUUCUCUCCUAACAUGCUGAGAUUCUGCAUCCCCAGAGCCUAAACCUGAGCCAGUGCCCAAACUACUGUGCUCAGCCUGUUUCUCUCUGCUCUCCAGAGCAAGGCCCACCAAGUCCAUGCAGGAGGCACUCCUGACCUCAAGUCCAACAACAGUGUCCACACUAGUCAAUGUUCGGCCCAGAAAACAGAAAGCACUCCAGGAAUCUUAAGCAGAAAGGGAUUUUAUCUAAAUCACUGCAACGGCUGGAGGAGUAGAAGGCAGAGGCCACCACUGGACUAUUGGUUUCAAGAUUAGACCACUGUAGCCAAAUCAGUGAUCAGAGAGCUGCCACUGCUGCUACAAUGCCACCACUGCCCCUGCCAUCACUACCUCAUGGACAAAGCUGGAGUCGAGACCUGGGGAGUCAGAUUCCUUCAGCCACAAACAUCCAUCAGGGAUGGCCAGCCGCUAGAGCUGCUGGAAGAUGGCUCCUACUUCCCUUUCUUACCAGAAUCUAAAUUACAGCCAGAACUCUUGCUACAGAGGAGUCUGAGACAUAUAUGACUUGUCUCACACCCACUGCAACAUGGAGAGGAAUGGGUGCUGAGUGCUGAGGGGCGGAGUCCCCAGCAGAUACAUCCUGGCCUUCUGUUAGGUGGAUGAGGCAGUGGGUCUGUCCCAGACGGAGGAACAGGAAACAGAGAAAGGAAGCCACUGAAACUUACCUGCUAGGAAUGUUAGACUGAGUGGCAUGAGAAGAGCCUUCCCUAGUUAGCAUCAUUCUUGGAGAGAGGAGAGCAACCAAAGGCAGCUUCUCUGAUUGACCUGGAGCCUGUUCUCUGCCCUCUUUGGCUUGGCCUACAGGGACUAGAGUAGGUGAAGGGACAGUGGACAGGGCUAAUACCUGUUUGGCCAUACUGAUGGCCUCCAUCCCUGUCCCCCCCAUCUUGGCACUGAACCAAUGUCACAGACACCUUCUUAGACUCACCUGGUCAAUACUGGAUGGUAAUCCAAGGUUAGAACUCUCAGAACCCUCUUGGAUCAGCCCUGGCUGCUACCACAUGCAUAUCUAAGAGCUCAGAGCCAGCUCUGGGGGGCAGCAGAGACCUGCUCUGUAUAGCAGCAGAGUGGCCCUGGCAUGGGCAUCACAAGUCGGUGAUGCUCCUCCUGGCUAGACCAGGUGGCAGGUCCCAGUUGGGUACCUCCCAUUCCCACCACACAGACUCUGGGCUUCCCUCCAAAAUGGCUCCAGAAUUAGGGUAGUUAUGAGAUGGUGGGAACCAGGGCAGCUCAGGUAUGUGAUACAAGGAAUGGUUGUCAUCUGGGCAGGGCAGAGAGGCAGUCCUGCUGAUCUGAACACGGUGUAUUUCAUUCCAGGCCCUCAGUCUUUGGCAGUGGCUACCCUGGUCUUGGCAUAUUGGCCCACUGUACCUUUUGGGGGCUUCCUGGUCUAGCCACCCCUUGGAUAGAAAGAUGACCGCAUAAAGAUGUCGAUUCUCCCUGAGUUGAAAAAUACCCACAUGUGCUUUUCUAUGGAACCAGAUAAGUUGGUACUAAUGUUCUUAUGGAAAAAUACACACACAAUAGUCAGGAAAACAGGAAAAGAAAAGUUCUAGGCAAGGCCUAGCCUUGGCCAAUAUUAAAACAUGCUAUGAAGCCUCUGAUAUUUACACAGCACGGUGCUGGUACAUAAAAAAACAAACCAGUGCAAUUGGAUGGCUCUUUCCAAGACUCUGGGGAUAAAAGUAACAAAAAGCUAAAUGCAAUCAAUCAUCAGUUGAAAGCUGAGUGAGAGAGCCAGAGGGCCUCCUUGGUGGUGUAAAAAGAGGCUUGUAUUUCUUGCAGCCAGAAGACAGAGAAAGUGAAGACCAAGUCCAGAACUGAGUCCUAAGAAAUGCAGGACUCCAAAGAAAUUGGUGUGUGUGUGUGUUUAAUUUUUAAAUUUUAAAUUUUUACCAAGUUUUUUAUUGAGAUAUAAGUCACAUACCAUAAAUCUCUCACCCUUUUAAAGUGUACAAUUCAGUGUUGUGAGUAUAUUCAUAAGAUUUAUACUUGGUGUCUAUUCAUAAGACUUAUAUUCAGUAUAUUCACAAGGAGAGCUGUAUCACAGAUGCAUUCAUCAUCAUAAUUCCAGGCAUUUUUCAUCAACCUAAAAGGAAACCCUGAAACUCAUUAGCAGUCGUUCCCCAUUCCUCCAACCCAUUCUCUCCCUAAUCCCUAGAAUCCGCCAAUCUACUGUUGUUUCAUCUAUUGCAAACGUUUUCUAUAAAUGGCAUCAUACAAUA